AUGGCUCUUUCCAAGGGCGAGUCCGAUAUCAUUCUCAAUCGGGCCAACGUCGCCCUCGCCCGCAGUCAGCGUCUUGUCGCAUCAUGGCUCCCCGCCGCGACAACGGAUGAACUGGCCAAUACCAAAUCUGAAGAGGAGCUUCAACGUGAAGAAGAUGAGAUUUUUACUGCUGUGCCUGAGACACUCGGCGUUGGCGCACCUCUCCCCGAAAAAGCCGCAGAUGGCAGCUGGAACCGCACCGAACUAAGCUCCAACGACCAAUUACGAAAACAACUCCUCGGAAGAAACUAUGACAAAUUUAUGAAAGCUUCUGCGGCAGCGAAACAAGCAUCUCGAACCGCUGGGCCGGCGGGCACGAAUGGAGAUCAUUCUCAUCUCCAGAACGGCAAAACGCAAUCGCAAUUGCAAGCACAGGAGGAGGACGAGUAUGAUGAUGAUGAAGAAGGGAGGGUAUCGAUGGUGGGCAGGAAGAAUCGCAAGAUGGGGAUGAAUGGGACACAGAAGAAGAUGAAUCUGAAGAGGAAGAAGAUGGAUGAGGCUGGUCCUACGUCUGUAUUGAUCGGAGCUGAGGAUUCUACCGGGACAAAUGGGCUUGUCGCUGGAGAUGGCUCGAAUUCUGCAGCGGAUCGUGGUGUCGAGGAUGCAGAUCAGGAUGCGAGUGCGGGUACGGACGCGGUGGACGGACCAGUUGAGACUGAUGCGUCUGUGAAACCGGCUCCGUCAAAGGGGAGGAAGAAGGCAACGAGUUAUUUGGAUGAGUUGCUGGCUGAAAGAUCUAAGAAGAGAAAGAAGCGGUGA